AUGCGCUCGCGCACCCAAACCUCCCACGCCGUCCCAUCGAGCUCAUGUCAACGAAUCGCUCGGUGUCGCGACGUCCAUCGCAUCGCGCGCGCGCCCAGAGCGUCCGCGACCGAGUCGAGCUGGGGUCCGUUUGACCCGCCGCUCCCUCGUCCCGCGCGCUUCAAGCCUCUCUGGUCACAUCACGAAGCCACGAGAGCGCUCGACGCGCGCGAUGCCGGCGAAUCGACCGUCGAGAUAUCUCUUGACUUCCAUCUCACGCCGCGCGUGCGAGGCGCGAUCGAGGACGCGGGCGUCAGGGCGACGACGAGCGACGGCGAAGCGACCUUCGCGACGUGGUCGGCGCUCGAGUCGAUGGCGAAAGACGAGCGUGGGGUGUACGAACCGGAAGACGAGGACGAUUGGCUCGAGGGUGGUUUACGAAAGGUGCAAACGUUCAGCGAGGACACUGGGCGCGCGGUGAGCUUGAUGCCGAGCGGCGAGACGACGCCGGCGACGGCGCUCAUCGGCGGCUUCUCGAUGCAUCGAUUCGGCGUCGGAGUCGAUCCCGAGGAAGAUACUAGGAAGAAACUGGGUGCGAUCGCACCCAUUCGAAGAGACGCGCGGUUGUUGGACGUUUGCACGGGGUUGGCGUACACCUCCUGCAUGGCGUUUAGCGAAUACGGUUGCCGAGUGAGCACGAUUGAGCUCGACCGGUCGAUGACGGAGAUGUGUCACGUGAACCCGCACUCCAGGGCCCUAUUCGAGGGCCAGAUUGAACAGCUCUAUGGAAACGGCGCGGACGUGGUGAAAACUUUCGAGGACAAUACGUUCGAUUACAUCGUCACCGACCCGCCGACUUUUUCCCUCGCGGGCGAGCUCUACAGCGCCGAAUUCUACGCCGAUCUCAAGCGAAUCUUACGCCCCAAAGGCAAGGUGUACCACUACAUCGGCGAUCCCAAGAGCUCAUCCGGGGGCAAAGUCGCCGCGGGCGUCGUUCGACGUCUCAAAGAGGUCGGCUUCGACGCCGCCAUCGAUUACGACGCGCACGGAGUCGUCGCCGCCGUCGGUCGCGUUCGACUCAACCGCUCCAAGACCAAACCUCCGCGCGCGUCCAAACCGAGACGCGACGGGACGGUCGGGCGCGAGAGGCGCGACGGCCGUCCCAGGGCCCGUCGAUUCGACGAUGAUGUGGACGAUCGCUGA